UAGAAGCGUACAAAACACAUUUGCCAACGCAUUCCAAAAAUAUAUCUCCGCCUGGCUAUUGCUCAUCUCGAAUUUAGUUUUAUAUCGAUGAAAGUGAGGAUAGGUCACUAAAUUUUUAACGUAGGAUCCAUAAUGAGCGUUCUCGGAUACACAGACAUAAUCCAAGGCCCUUUGGCCCAAUACGCUCAAUUCUCAGUCCAAAUCGGCGGAGAUGUGGCCCAACACAGUCAACUAGUACAGCAGGUCUUCAAAGCUCAGCUUCAAUUUUUGGAGUUGGCCAGCCAGAGCAGCAAACCCGCGAAUCCCAACGAUUUGAUGAUUUUUUUGAAGCCUACUAGCGACAUUAUUGCCGCUAUCCAGGAUUUCAGGGAGAAAAACAGGACUUCGCAGUUUUUCAAUCAUUUGUCUGCCAUCAGCGAAAGUAUACCUGCUCUUGGAUGGGUAGCAGUGAGUCCUGCACCGUCGCCAUACGUCAAGGAAAUGAACGAUGCAGGACAGUUUUAUACGAACCGAGUACUGAAGGACUGGAAGGAAAAAGAUAAACGUCACGUGGAAUGGGUCAAAGCAUGGGUACAAACUUUAACUGAACUACAAGCGUUCGUCAAACAAUAUCAUACUACAGGUUUGGUAUGGUCUGGAAAAAACGCUCCAGCAGCUCCAGCUGGUGGUAUUCCACCACCACCGCCUUCAUGUCCAUUACCACCACCACCGCUGGACAAUUUCGCUGCAGAUGCAGCAGGAAAUGACAGGGCAGCAUUGUUCGCUCAAAUUAAUCAAGGAGCUAACGUAACAAGCAAUCUGAAAAAGGUCACAUCCGAUAUGCAAACUCACAAGAAUCCAGCAUUGAAGCAAACUGGAGCUGCUCCUAUCAAAAGUGGAGCAUCGAAUGUUGCUCAACCAGACAAACCACCAGUUUUUACGAGAGAUGGCAAAAAGUGGCUAAUUGAAUACCAAACCAGAAACCAUAAUUUGUUAGUGGAAAAUGCUGAAAUGAACAACGUGGUGUACCUUUACAAGUGCAACGAAUGUACUGUUACCAUUAAAGGUAAAAUUAAUUCGGUCGUUAUAGAUGCUUGUAGGAAAACCGCAAUUGUAAUGGACUCUAUUGUGGCCGCUGUUGAGUUUAUUAAUUGCCAAUCUGUGCAAAUGCAGGUAUUUGGCAAAGUUCCUACAAUCUCUGUCGAUAAAACGGACGGUUGCCAAAUUUACUUGGGCAACGAAUCUUUGGAUGUUGAAGUGGUGACUUCCAAAUCGUCUGAAAUGAAUAUUUUGAUUCCUACUUCUGGAGGCGAUUAUAUUGAACAAGCUGUUCCUGAACAGUUCAAGACUACUAUAACACCGAAUAAAACAUUGAAGACAAUUAUUGUUGAGAAUAAGGGCUAGUGUAAAAUAGCCAGUUUUGUGUAUAUUAUUAUUGAAUUUGACUAACAAGAUUUUUGUUGUUCCAUAAGUAAUUAAUAAAAUAAAUAUAUAUUUUUAUUAAAUUCAAGAUGUAAAUGUUGAAAAACAAACAAAUUUAUGCCUAGUAAUUAUUUAUUUAUUAUAUUACUUUAGUUUGAUUUUUUUUUUUUUGAAAUGGAGCAUUAUCAACCAUUUUUUCUGGACGGAAUGUGGUUUCUGAAUAAUUAAUCUUAAAUAUACGUUACUAAACAAUAUAGCAAAUGUAACAAAAUAUAAUUUGUACUGUGAGUUAACAAUAUUUGUGCCUUCUAUUGAGCAAGACCAUUAGAAAUCACUUUCUAUAGCAGCUUUUUUCAUUAAAAUGGUCAUUUACUUGCUUUUUAGGAAUGUUUUUUCCUUAAUAGUAACUUAUUGUUACACAAAGACAAUUUAAAAUUCUUCAAAAGCUAGGGGCUAUAUUUUAUAGAUUUUUCCCAUUUUAGCAAACUAUAAAUUGUAAUUUUCGAUUCUAUAUCGGCUAGAUAAGAUAACUAAAACUGCAUUUAAAUAUUAAAGAAAAGUAGGAUUUUCUUUUGCUUAUGCCAACAUUUAAACCUAACCCAUCGUUUUUUUUUUUUCGAUUGCAAUCUUUUGAUAUCAUCCUCCAAAGUUUUCGAUAGACAAUAAAGCGCCAUAGAGUUUUUGGUUCCAGUUUUAAGAUAAUUCACCUAUAGGUGCAUUUUUCAGCCACUGAUCAUGAAUAAAAUGGUAGAGAUCAUCACUCACAGCAACCUGGAAAAAGAAAAUUACAUAAUAUAAAGAACUUAGGUAUUACAUAAUUAAUAAUUUGAGAAACUUUGGAAUUUGGUAAAUAACUUCAUUGCUUUUCAAAUCUUCACAAAAACUCUUUGUAGCUUUGGACAAAAGGUUUCCAAAUGAAGCUUCUAGCAAGUUUAUUGGAUUUUCUAUAGAAUAUUGCCAAGAUUUUACUAUUAUAUACUAUACAAGGUGUUUGGAAAAAUAGUUGGGAGUGUUUAGUUUGCAGAAGCUUCAUACACAUUGGUCAGAAAACAUCAAAAACUCCAAAUUUGAAAAACAAAAACAGAAAUUCAAGAUCCAGCAAUAGGUACCUACUAUUGCAUUGAAUUUUUUUUUCAACAAAACCCGAAUAAAGGCUGACAUAAUAAAUAAAUUGAUGCCAAGGACAAUAAUGAUGCCAACUAAAUGAAAGUUUUGAAAGUUUCAAUUAACUUGAUUUAUUAUCAAAGUUAUAGUUCCAUAAUUUUGGCAAAACUCAUUAUAUACUUUAAUAUAAGGUUUAAUUAUUGCAGUAGGAUAAGUUUCAACAUAAAACCUUGUAAAGGGCUUGAAAUGUGCUUAUGUAGAAAAAUCAAUUUAUUGAUGUUACGUUUCGAUAAAUAGGUAGGAUGCUUUGAAACUUAUUCGAAAUCUUCCUCAAUCAAAGAAACUUUGGGGAAUUUGUAGGGUACUUGGAGGAAUUUGUUGAGAAUUUGAAGGAAUUCAUGGGAAAUUGAAAAUACCCAAUAGAGAUUUAUGAAGGAUUUAAUUGGCUUCAUUUCAAGCUUGAUUACGACGUUAAGAUCGAUUUGAAAUUAACAAAGAUGUGAAGUAAAAUGUGGUUCAAUGUCAUUUUGGAAAAAAUAAAGCUUCAAGAAAACGACAUUGAAGGACGUUUUCUUUUUUUUUGAAGAAAGUGUUUGAAGGAUUGGCUUGAAAUUUUGCAAGUAGAUGGAGAGAGGAUCGAAAUUUAAGAAAAAAAUUUUUAACUUGUUUUCACGUGCCCUCCUUGAUAAAAAUCAAAGCUGAAAGGCUUUAAAGCUUUGCAACUGCAAAACUAUUGCAUACACCCGAAAUUACCUUAUAUGGCGUAGGAUUCAAAUUCCUUUUGAUGUCUGGCCUCAAAGUCUUCAAAGAACUGGUUACCUUUUCCUUAAUUUCCUGCAGACUAGGCAGCGUCUUCACAAUUCGUCCAUCUUCCCAAUAAAGCACCAACAACUUUUCGAUUCUCGCCGGUUUAACGUAGGCCCUUUUCGAUUCUUCAAACGGAUGCCUGCACAAAAUUUUUUCGUCCACAUUCGGAGGCGGUUCCACGUAUCUCUGCACCAGAUCUACAAGAGCGUGCCCGCUCUCGCUGUAAAGCCGGUAAACGUCUUUGCUACCUGGCAUGGUAACUUUGAAGACUUCCUGGCUGAGCUUUAUUCUUGGAUAACCGUUGAGUUCGACCAUUUUAUAGACGCAACCCAAAGCUGGUUGCCUCUGGCAAGUUACCAAAUGAGUACCGAUGCCGAAGCAAUUGAUUUUGUGACCUUGUUCGUUGAGGCUGACGAUGGUUUCUUCGUUUAUAUCAUUUGAGGCCAUGAUCAAUAAAUUCGCAAACCAAGGAAUAUCGUAUUUUUUGCUUAUUUCAGUAAAAUAGUGCCUGGCGACGUUGGACAAAUACGACAAAUCUCCGCUGUCCAAUCUUAUGCCUGUCGCCCGAUAUCCUAAGUCGUUUAAAGCUAAGGCUACAAUGCAAAAAUUCAAAAGACCGCUCCGUUGUACUUCGUACGUGUCCACCAAGGCCAUGAAUCCACUAGGAAACGCUAUUGCGAACGAUAUGAGAGCCGCCAAUUCACCUUCGUUAGCUUCUGAAGCUGCAACUUUAAACAUUAUCAAUAGUUCUUCUUUCCAAAAUAGAGCUAGUUUGAGUAGGUCACGAGGUUUACCACCGUUUUUAGGCUGGAGGUGAGUGUUUUUCAGCUCCGAGAAACCGUUGAAGGAAGUUAUGUAAGCGUGAGCGUGAGUUCCUUUCACUGGAAUGUUAAAGAGUUUGCCUGCCAGGACGUUACUCGUACCAUCAAAUCCAC